AGUUUUCCUUCCAGAUUGAUUCAUAGUUGCCUAAGCAUACGUCUGGGUUAUCAAGCAGUAUCCUUGACACCUGUGGAUAGAAUUAGGUAUAGACCUGUUUCGUUUGUUCAGGAUCCAAGAAGGAAUUGCACAAUGACAGACCUAAAGCCUAUCUUUAGCUACAUUGACUCUCAUCAAAAGGAAUACAUCAAGAAUUUGGAUGAAGCUGUACAGAUUAAGUCAGUUUCUGCCUGGCCUGAAGUCAGGGGAGAAAUAGAUAAGAUGAUGCAGUGGGCUGUUGAUCGUCUCAAGGUGUUUGGUGCAGACAUUGAGCUCUGUGAUAUUGGGAAGCAGACUCUGCCAGAUGGCCAAGAAAUCAAAUUGCCUCCUGUUCUGCUUGGAAGACUUGGAAAUGAUACAAAAAAGAAGACCAUUUGCAUCUAUGGUCACCUGGAUGUCCAACCAGCUGACAAGGAUGAUGGAUGGGACACAGAGCCUUUUGUGCUCACUGAAAAGAAUGGGAAACUAUAUGGACGGGGUGCCACUGAUGAUAAGGGCCCCAUACUUGGUUGGAUUCAUGCCAUUGAAGCUUACAAGGAGACCAACCAGGAACUCCCUGUCAAUUUGAAGUUUUGCUUUGAGGGGAUGGAGGAGAGUGGGAGUGAAGGCCUGGAGGAACUUCUGAAAUCCAGGAAAGACACGUUCUUCAAGGAUGUGGAUUAUGUGUGUAUAUCUGAUAACUACUGGCUGGGGACAGAGAAACCAUGUCUCACACAUGGCCUUCGUGGUGUCUGCUACUUCUCUAUUGAGAUACAGUGUUCUGCAGCUGAUCUCCAUAGUGGAAUCUUUGGAGGAGCUGUGUAUGAGGCAAUGAAUGACCUGAUCUAUAUGAUGCAUGGCCUUGUGGAUUUGGAUGGAAAGAUUCAAAUCCCUGGCAUCUAUGACUCUGUUGCUCCUGUCACUUCUACUGAAGAUGCCCUUUAUGAAGCCAUCCAUUUUCCUGUGGACUCCUUCCGUGGGGAUGUUGGAACCAAGAAACUUCAGCAUAAGGAGGAUAAGGCAGAGCUCUUGAAGCACAGGUGGCGUUUCCCAUCCUUGUCCCUGCAUGGGAUUGAAGGGGCAUUCUCUGCCUCUGGCUGCAAGACAGUCAUCCCUUCUAAGGUCAUUGGGAAGUUUUCCAUCCGCAUUGUGCCAAACCAUACCAUCCAGGAAGUUGAGAAAUGUGUCCUGGAACACCUUCAGCAGAAAUGGGACCAGAGGGGCAGUCCCAAUCGUAUGAAGGCAUACAUGAACCAUGGUGGAAUCCACUGGCUCUCAGAUCCACAUCAUCCCCAUUAUGAGGCUGGGAAAAGAGCCACCAAGACUGUGUAUGGUGUGGAACCAGACAUUACAAGGGAAGGUGGAUCCAUUCCUAUCACCAUCACCCUACAGGAGUUGAGUGGCAAAAAUGUGCUUCUCCUCCCUAUGGGCUGUGGGAAUGAUGGAGCUCAUUCUCAAAAUGAGAAGAUAGAUAUUCGAAACUACAUUGAAGGGACGAAGCUCUUUGCAGCCUACUUGCAUGAGGUGUCUCAGAUUUGAGCUGCUGCAUUAUGAUGUGGGGAACCCAGGUGCUCAUAAUGCUCCUCACAAUUUGGUGUGAUGCUUCAAACUCUGGCAAUUUGUUCUGUCUUCUCACUAUAUUGUUGAUUCUUCAUUGUCUCCAAUUUUUCAUGAAUGUUUACUGGGUUUACUUUUACAAUAAAUGAAUUUACUCCUCUA